UCUCGUCUCGGGCCUCGUGUUUGCGGCUUGUCAGCAGUCAGCAGUGCGCGUGCGGCUCCACGGGAACUACGUAGGUCCUCCUGGUUGCAGGUCGGACAGUAUAGAAUGCAGCACCGAUGGUCCCAUCUUAGCUACAUUGUACCGAGAGAGCAGAGAAGAUAGCGGACCCAUCCAUAUUACAGCUGCCGAAUCAGGAAGCUGCUGGACGGCCGGCGUGUGAAUCCUGGACCGGUCGGCCUCCGCCAGGGUGUGUGAUCGCGCUCGGCCCGUGCGGGUGACUGACGUCUGUGCCGUGUGUGUGACUCGAGCGGCGGCAGGAUGGACCCGCCUAGCCCAGCGGCACCCGGCAGCCGGGACGAGCGGAGGCUGCAGCAGGAGCGGCUGCGCAGGGAGGAGGCCUACUACCACUUCAUUAACAGCCUGAGCGACGAGGAGUACCGGCUCAUGCGGGACAGCAACUUGUUGGGCACGCCAGGUGAGGUGACAGCAGAGGAGCUUAGACAGCGUCUAGACGGAGCGAAAGAGCGUCUUUCUGUUCAGCCACGCUCACAGAGCAAUGAAACUGGGGAGGAGGAUGGAAGAAAUGGGACUGUGGGGCCAGUGGGUGAGGCCUCUAAUGGAGACUCACUGCUCGAGUGGCUGAACACGUUUCGGCGCACAGGCAAUGCCACCCGCAGUGGACAGAGUGGCAACCAGACCUGGCGUGCUGUCAGUCGCACAAACCCCAACAGUGGGGAGUUCCGCUUCAGUCUGGAGAUCAACAUAAACCAUGAACAGCCAGAGUCUAGCGAAUCUCUCGAUCCCCCACAGCUGCUGUCAAACUCUGCCCGCCCCAGUCACUACUCCUCUACCCGGCAUGCCUCCAAUCCCUUGGCACGCCCAGUUCAAGGGAGGAGGAUGCAGGCAAGACGUAACCGGAGCAGCCCUGUUUCUGCACUUGGCCAUCAGCAGACCGUGCCUGACCAUAGCGGACCGCUAGAGCAAGGAACACUGCGUGCUGUCCAUCUUUUGCCCUCUGUGAACCCGCAAAGACAGAGGAGCCCUGAGGAGUGGGUUCCCGCUCAGCCGAAUUCCCAGAAUACCGGUGAGGAGCUGGAAGCUGCAGUUGAACCGAACUGUCCUCGUGUAUCAUCCAUGCCCCAGGAGACUCUGCCCAUCUGUGAGCCACGUAGCAGCAGGACUCGAACCCGAGGGCGUGGUCGCAGAGUCAGGGUAGUUAGUCUGAGUGGAGGGCACCGCAGGGCCUCCCAGCGUAGCCGGUCACCGCUGGACCGUGGCCCUGCCCCCAGCACCAGCCACGCUGACCUGUCAGCACCUGAUGUCUCCAUGGCAGCAGAGCAGGCCACGGCUGAGAUGGUCCCACAAACCCCUGCUCUCCCGGUAGAGCCCGUCGCUGAGGAGUUGGAUUCCCAGGCCUCAGGCACCGGGGGAAGUGUGCGGCGCCACCCAACCAUUAUGCUGGACCUGCAAGUACGGCGGAUUCGACCGGGAGAGAACCGUGACCGGGACAGCAUCGCCAGCCGCACCCGCUCGCGAGUCCGCAUGGCCGAGAACACGGUUACUUUCGAGAGUGACAGCGGAGGCUUCCGACGCACGAUCUCCCGCUCUGAGCGGGCUGGGGUGCGCACCUACGUGAGCACCAUCCGCAUUCCACUGCGACGCAUCUCGGAGACUGGCCUGGGUGAGCCCAGCUCCACGGCACUGCGCUCCAUCCUUCGGCAGAUUAUGACUGGUUUCGGGGAGCUCAGCUCCCUAAUGGAGACAGAGGCUGAUGCUGAGGAGAGCGCCCCCUCCACGCAGGCCUUCCGUGUCCAUGGCAACGAAGGGACCGAAUCCCAGGAAUCGGCAACCAGGCAAGGUGUGGAUGGCGAGGGGUCUGGCAGGUUGGAGGAAGAUCACGCACGAACAGGUGGGACACAAGGCGAUGGACGGCCUACCAGCAGGGACACAAACAACUUGGUUGAGAAUGGCACGCUGCCCAUCCUGCGCUUGGCGCACUUCUUUCUCCUGAAUGAUGAUGAGGAUGAGGAGCACCCGCGGGGCUUGACCAAAGAGCAGAUUGACAAUCUGUCCACCCGCACGUAUGGCCAGACCAGCCUUGAGGGUGAGCUGGGGCGUGCCUGCAGCGUCUGCAUCAGUGAGUACGCCCAGGGCAACAAGCUGCGUCGCCUGCCCUGCGCACAUGAGUUCCACAUCCACUGCAUUGAUCGCUGGCUCUCGGAGAACAGCACCUGCCCCAUCUGCAGGCAACCGGUUCUCUCUGUUCACCAGGCCUGACCAUGCCCACUGGGCCCAGUCCCACACUUUAGACCAGAUCCCACUCACGUGGGCCCUUCUCACUGUAAAUAGAGCUUAAAUGUUUCUUUCAUUGAUAUUCAUCGCGUUGAGCUAACAGUAGAACCAAAUUUGAAAGCUGAGAACACAGAGAGGUAAACAAACUUUAUUUUUUUAGACUUUUCAGUUUCCUGUGUCAGCACUUCCUUCUAAGGUUUUGACGUCUGAAAUGGCUUCUCGUUCUUAUAGCAUUGCUUGAGACGUUCUGAUGAGCAAAGGGGACAAAUUCGUAAGCAUCGACCUUGAGAGCAGAGGCUUCUUCCUAUAUAUGAACAGUAAGGAAUUGUCAUCCCCUGCCUGAUUGUAUUAAGCGACCGAUAGACUCAGAAAUUUGUUCAUUUACAUGUAAAUAUGUAUCACUGCCUAGAUCUGGGGCAUUAAAGAAAACAUCAAUUGGGUAUAGCAGUCAGCACCUUCUGUUGACACUUUGCAUUUUAAAGCUCUAUUUUAAUGUGUGUGAUUUUUCUCUGGAUUGAAGCCAGAGGGCUCAGCAUCUGCCCCAAAUUUUAGCUGAAAUGGAAGGAAGAGCAGAUUGAAGGCUGGUGACUGCUCCGCACGCGUUUGGGACCAUGAUCGCCCUGCUCGUGUGCUUCCACAUGGUGCCAGCUGACUAUAACAAAAAGCUUCUUUACUUUUAUUGAGCUGCUGGACUAUCUUUGUUCAUGCUGACUGUUCUGCUGAGCCCUGGCCUCCACAUGAGAUAAACUGCAUAGGAACCCAGUUGCUUUGUCUUUGUUUCAGGCCUCAGGUAUCAUUGUAAUGCCAGUGUGUAUGAUUCUUUAACGAAAUGAAGUGUGCAUCUGUGUAAAUAAUCCACUGAAUGACGGGCAACUGACAUGUAGUCCAAGCAAGCCUGCAUUUGCAGCUGAACCUAAAUUCACGUUUCGCUCUGGCAUGGCACAGGUCCAUGGCCUCUAUGCAUUUCUGCAAGAGAUGGAGCAGGCUGUUAGUGGUAAACAAACUGCUUUCUGGGCAAAGACAACCUGCUAGAUACCUGCUGCAGCCUGCAAGACCUCUCUUCUCUGAAGCUCACCCCAAAACUGAACACAUUCGGUUCUGCAUAUUUUGUCUGGCGUAUGUGGGAUCCCGGGUGUCUCUACUGCACCUACUGGUUAUUAGUGUAUUUUAGUUGCUUCAAGAGUGUUCUAGGUAACAGUGCUAAAGAUGACUGAGUGCACUUUUCCUUUCCACUUGUAUUUGUGGUUGAAUGCACUACAUGCACAAUCACAUGGUUGGUUCCCUUCUCCCAGCUCAGCACUUGAAAGGUCACUGGCAGUGGCACAGUGUCACCAAAAGGGGCAGCAGCACAGCCCCAAAAAUAGUUCAGUGAGCCUUUUCUUGCAUUUAUUUUUGUCUUUGUUGCUCUCAACAGUGACCUUGAAGAUGGAGAAUAAAGUAUGUAAUGUUGGGCCUUGUGUAAAUUCACUUGUAUGUACUGACGUUAACUCUGAAGCCGGGUGCUGUGAACGGUGUCCUCAAGGCUCCGCUAGAAGAAGGUGGUAGACCAUGUCAGCGCUCACCUGUGGCUGAAGACAACGUCGGGUUGAACUGACAGCUGCUGGCAUUUUAUGGAUGUGGGUACACAUUCUCUUCCUGUUUAACUAUAUAAAUAUGGUGUUUUCUUUUCCCUUCAGUGGUGGAAGGAAAUACAAACUUUGUCUUGCCUGGAGUCCUUGUGUGUUGUUUACUUGACUCUCCAAACCAUCUCUAUGUGCACCCUUUAUCUCAGUCCCCCAGUGUGUGUGUGUGCGUGCG